AUGUCGUUUCGAGAUGGCAACGACGACGUCAACGAAAUUGAUUUUUACGGUCCACUAGCCUCGCAGCAAAGAGAUGAUGACGAUGAAGACGAGAAUGUCCAUCUCACUGAUUACACAGAAGGUGCAGAUGAUAACGCGAUAGAGACAGUUGGUCUGGAUAUCGCACACAGACGACGGGCAUCGCAGAUUGACAACUUGAACGAUGAAUACGGCGGGAGUAUCUUCAGCGGUCCAGAUAACGCUUCUAUUCCGUCAUCCGCCAUAUCGUUCCGACACGGCUUUGCCGGCUCUUCGCAAGCGCGCAGACCAAGUUUGGAUCGCAGGCCAAGCGCUGAUCGCAGAGGCAGCUCCGCUAGCGUCUUUUCUGAGGGCUCCGACUCAGGCUCUGGCAGACCUCUUUACAGGAGAGCAGACAGGUCCGCUUCUCGUACGCGAGCAAGACGUGACAGCAACAGCAGCGCCAAUAGCCCUCUUCUAGAAACAGAACCUGAACGUCCGCCUCUAAGUACUAGUAAAAACUCGGGGGUGUUUAGUGGAAUUGCAUCGAUUUUCGCAGGCCGGAAUGAUGAUGACACCGGCCGGAGACGUCCGCCGGUGAGCAGGAAUAGCAGUGCGGCACCGGGUGCAAGUGAUGGAAGUGCAGUCAGCGAUACUGACUGGGGUUAUAGCUCGAAUGAAGAGAUUUCAGACGAUAACGACACUUCUUCUGAAAUGGCCUCCUCUGCAGCGGCUAGUUUAAAUAACUCAGAGUCCUCUUCUGCAGCUUCUAGUAGACGGAGGCGCUCCAAUGAAUUUAUGCCAACUGGAACUUUUGCAGCUGAUCCUGUCUUUGGUGAUACGAGAAUACCGAUGGAGCUGUCUCAAGAAGAGACCAUAAACCCUGACGCAGAGUUUCUCACCAAGGCAAGUCAAAGUGGUGAUCAAUCUAGACAGAGGAUAUACAUCCAAGAAGAGGAUGUCACCCUACUCGUCACUGGCUUCCGAGCUUCUCCAUUCGGUCAUUUGCUUUGGUGUCUCGGUGUGCUGUUGACUCUAGGCACUCUCGCUCUUAUCGGUAGAUGGACACCAGCACUGUGGUUGCGAUGGGCUGCAAUUGAAGCACCCUUUACUAGCCACUCAGAUAGAAAGGAGGCAACUUUUGUCGUUAUUGAAACCCAGUUUGGUCAUGUCAAUCUUUACGACAUUGAAUCGAUGCCGUUUCCCUUUCCAAUGUCACAUAUCUUUCCUCAUGACACAACAAAAUCAGCGCCAUCCACCAGUAAAGUCAAAUCGGCAGACACGAUUGAAUCAGGAACAAGCAGUGACUCCUCCUCGGCUGGUUUUAUACGUUUCUUUGACUACAGAUACACCAAAUUUAUUUUAAACGAUGAACAAGGUGUAUUCAGGAUGAUCAGAGACUGGCGUGAUCCGCGCUGGAUUUCCCAAGGUGCUGUCGCAGGCGGCUUAUCAGAAUCCAAACGUGAAGAGCGCCGUGCAUUGUUUGGUUUGAAUGAAAUAGAAAUCGAAGAAAGGUCUUGGGGUCAGCUGUUUGUAGAUGAGGUACUUCACCCAUUUUACGUCUUCCAGGUGGCUUCGAUUGUGCUGUGGAGUAUCGACGACUACUACUACUAUGCAUUUUGCAUCGCCGUCAUUAGUAUAUCUUCAAUUUUCACCACCCUAAUCGAGACAAAGAGGACAGUCAGACGGAUGAAGGAGAUGUCAAAGUACUCUUGUGCCGUCUGGCUGAAGUCCAAUAACGAGUGGAAAGUGGUUGAAUCUUCAACUCUCCAACCAGGCGACAUAUUCGACGCUGCAGACCCAAAUCUGCACACCGUACCAUGUGAUGCAAUCCUUCUCAACGGAGAUGCUAUUGUCAAUGAAUCGAUGCUAACUGGUGAAUCAGUACCUGUUGCAAAAGUACCAAUUUCUGACUCAAUCCUGCGGACGUAUGCAAAGUCAGAGCCAAAAGGUACGACGGACAUAUCGCCAAGCCUUGCACGUCAUUUUAUGUAUUCUGGCACAAAGAUCGUCAGGGUGCGCGGUGAAGGUGUUCUUCCAAAUGGACAGGAAGGUCCUGCGUUAGCGUUAGUUACGCGUACAGGAUUCAACACCACCAAAGGUGCCCUUGUGCGCUCGAUGCUCUUCCCGAAACCGAUGGGAUUCAAAUUUUACAAAGACUCAAUGAACUUCAUCGGUGUACUUGCAGGUAUUGCUUUUCUGGGAUUCUUGGCAUCGAGUGUCAACUUUAUAAAGCUUGGUAUAGCAUGGCAUACAAUCAUGGUUCGUGCACUCGACCUAAUUACGGUUGUCGUCCCGCCUGCUCUACCAGCUACAAUGUCGAUUGGUACUUCGUUCGCUAUCAGCAGAUUGAGAAAGAAAGGUGUAUUCUGUAUCUCACCAACAAGAGUAAACGUCGGUGGUAAAAUCAACGUUGUUUGUUUCGACAAGACUGGUACACUUACUGAGGAUGGUCUGGACGUGCUCGGAAUUAGAUCCAAGGAGGAUGCAACUAAUCGUUUCUCCGAACUAUACCAAGAUGCGUCGGAUAUACCUCUCGAGAAGAAUCACGCGUUGUUGUACGCUCUGGUUACCUGUCACAGCCUCAAGCUUGUCGACGACCAAGUGAUUGGUGACCCACUCGAUAUCAAAAUGUUUGAGAACACAAAUUGGACACUCGAAGAAGGCAAAAUUGGCUCACAGCAGCGAUCAACUGGAAUAACUGAAAAUAAUCACACAGAUAAAAAAGGCAAGAGUAAAUCAUCACGCAUUCCAAAACGACCAUCCGCGCUGGUGCAAACAAUAGUUCGACCACCGGGAGGCAAAACUGUUACGUCAAAUUCGAGCAAAUCGUUUUUAGAGUUGGGAGUUAUACGGACAUUCGACUUUGUCUCAAGUCUGCGGAGGAUGAGCGUUAUAGUGAAAAAACUUAAGUCACAGUCGAUGGAGGUGUACGUUAAAGGAGCACCGGAAUCAAUGGCAGAAAUUUGCGAUAAGGACUCAUUCCCAGAAGAUUAUGAUGACUUGUUGUCUUACUAUACCAAACAUGGUUAUAGAGUGAUUGCAUUGGCUGGAAAGUCUAUACCUGGGUUGACUUGGAUAAAAGCACAAAGAAUGAAGCGUGAACAGGCUGAGAGUGGUUUGCAAUUCUUGGGAUUGAUUAUAUUUGAAAACAAAUUGAAGCCAGGUACGACACCUGCUAUAUCCACCCUCAGACAGGCACACCUGGCAAUACGUAUGGUGACGGGCGAUAAUCCAAGAACUGCAAUAAGUGUAGCGCGUGAAUGUGGUUUGAUUGGUGUGGCUGGUCAUGUAUUUAUUCCGACAUUCGUCAGGGGCACAAGCGAAGAUCCAGCUGCUCAGCUUGAAUGGUCGAGUGCAGAUGAUGACAAGUUGAAACUCGAUUCAUAUUCCCUGCGACCAUUUCUCGAUGAGGAAGACGAUAACAGCGAACUGAAUAUAGAGUACCAAGAUUAUCAUCUCGCAGUCACUGGAGAUGUUUUUAGGUGGAUGAUGGAAUUCUCCCCGCUGGAAACACUAGAAAGAAUGCUGGUCAAGUCGCAAAUCUUUUCGAGAAUGUCACCAGACCAGAAAUGCGAAUUGGUUGAGAGAUUACAGCAGUUAGGAUAUACAGUUGGGUUUUGUGGUGAUGGUGCGAAUGACUGUGGUGCUCUCAAGGCUGCAGAUGUUGGUUUGUCUCUUUCGGAAGCAGAAGCAUCGGUAGCUGCACCUUUCACAUCAAAUACCCCCGAUAUAAGCUGUCUCAUUGAGGUGCUCAAAGAGGGUAGAUCAGCACUAGUGACAUCAUUCAGUUGUUUCAAGUACAUGGCUCUGUACUCGCUCAUCCAAUUCACAUCAAUAACUCUGCUAUACUCAUUCGCAUCUAGCUUAGGUGACUUUCAAUUCCUAGCUAUAGAUCUUGCAAUUAUUCUACCAAUUGCCGUCACAAUGGGUAGGACAUUACCUUAUCCAUCCGUCCACCCGAAGCGGCCGACGGCUAAUCUAGUUUCGAAGAAGGUACUGACGUCUAUAAUUGGUCAGACUGUUAUUUGCUCAGCUAUUCAAUUCUUCGUCUUUUUUGAUGUCAGACGUCAGCCUUGGUAUGAGCCACCAGAAGUGAAUGUAGACAAGCUAGAGACGAGGAACUAUGAGAACAGUGCAAUCUUUAUAGUAUCUUGCUUCCAGUAUGUGCUGGUAGCUCUGGUGUUUAGUGUUGGUCCGCCUUUCCGCCAGCCGCUCUACACGAAUCUUCUUUUCUUGUUGACGCUGGUUGUGUUAUUUGGCUGCGCUGUCGUUAUCCUUUUCUUACCUUCUGGCGCUGUUUUCGAGCUGCUCGAGCUGAUGCCUUUCCCAUGGUCGUAUCACUUGAAGUUGUUGGGCAUUGUGCUUGUGAAUGUCUUGGUAUCGUUGACAUAUGAGAAAUACGCAGAGAAGAAGGUAGCCAAAUAUGUAGGCAGUGUGCUGCGUUCUUGGAGGCAUUGGAGAAGAGGAGAUUACUCACAAUCGCGCAAGGCAUACAAACACGUCGAAGGUAAUUGGCGGCGGUGA